CACUCUGGGCUUCCAGGCAGACGGGCGGAGUCAAAACUCAGAAGGGCUGGACCGAUCUUCCCCUCUUACACAGAAUUACGAGCCAGCGUGUUGGUUCAGUGUGGUGGCUGGGAAAGUUGUCUGCUAGCUACCUUGGAAGAUGGUCUGAGUCUCUCUCUUCUUCUUCCCAAGGAGUCCCCUAGUCGCCGAGCUCCCAGGACUCCAGCAGAGAGAAGGAAGAUGGAAGUCAUGAGCAGCCCAAAUCCCACCAUGUCUGCCAUUCCCAAGCACAUCCUGGACAUCUGGGUCAUUGUGUUAAUCAUCCUGGCCACCAUCCUGGUCAUGACAUCCAUGGUGCUGUGCCCAGCCACGGCUGUCAUCAUCUACAGGGUGCGGACUCACCCCAUACGCAAUGGAGUCGUGUGAGAACAGAGCCCGUGGCCAGGUGGCCUCCCUCAGACCAUGCUGGAGAAAAGACAGUGGGUGAAGCAUGCAGCUCCCUGAGCUGAUUCCAUGUGAGGCAACACUAUGGAGGGGUGGGGACCAACGUGCCAGCCAGGACAUCGCAGGAUGCACAGGCUGAUACUCCUGGGAACAAAACUCCCUGUGUGUCGCCCAAAUGCACCCAAGGGAGCUGGGUUAGUCACCCACUCUAACUGGUGACAAAGCUUUUUCUGGAGUCUGGAUGGGUGAGUCCCCUGCAGUGGGUGCAGCGGCUCAGAAUGCCCCUGUCUGGGCUUCACCUCAUGCACUCCAAUCAAAAUGGCUCCCUUGUAUUUACCCGGCGAGCUGCUCAGAAACAACAGGGAAGCAGGCCAGGCGCCGCAGAGGAAAUGUUCAACUUCUGAGAGCAAAGCUGUCGAAAUGGUUUCCAGAUCCAGUCGCUCUGGACGUUGAGCGACUCACGCCGUGCCGCUCUCCCUCUCUGCGAGGGCAGGGGCUGGUGACCUCUGGCGCCUCACAGCUGAGGUCUCCCAUCUGCA